CGCCACCAGCUCCCGCCCGGGUCUCCCGGGUCAGAACCCGGGUCACCCCCCGAGGCCCGGCUCCGCCCCCCCCUGCUGGCCCCGCCCCCCCUGCUGGAACAUGCUGCUGUAUCAGCCUAUCACCUGGUUACCGUGCGCGUGGCGGCCGACGUGCGGCGUCUGAACGUGAGUCUUCUUCGUUGGUUCCAGGAGGGCGUGGCGGCGGCGCUGGGCGUCUCCCCGCCACACGUUCACAUCAACCGGGUCAACGGACUGACGUCCAUUAUGGUCCAGUUGGACCGCCCUCCAGCUGUAGCCACGCCCCCUCUGCAGCAGCAGCCAAUCACAGCCGGCCCUUCGCCCAGCCCCGCCCCCGUCUCUGUCGUCAGCGGCGACGGCCACGCCCCCCCGGCCGGCGUUGCCCUGGUAACGGUCACUAACGAGCUGAAGCCCCUCCCCUCCCCGUUCAAGAUGAAACCUGCUGCAGGACUGCAGGAACGACGAGGCUCUAACGUGUCCCUGGUUCUGGACAUGUCGGCUCUGGGCUCCGUGGAGCCGCUCAGCGUUGCCGUGGUAACGCCCCGGGAGACGGCGGCCAGGGAGUACCUGCUAGCGGCGCGGCGGCCGCUAACGCGACAGCAGCUGCGUGACGUCGUCGCCAACGCGCAGCGGCUGCACGCCGAGUUCGCUGAAAUCCCGAUGAACUUCAUUGAUCCGAAGGAUCUGGACGUUCCGAACCACGGAACCAAGAACCGGUACAAGACCAUCCUGCCCAAUCCUCACUCCAGAGUGGUGCUGAAGCUGAAGAGCAACGACCCGCUAAGCUGCUACAUCAACGCUAACUACAUCCGGGGUUACCGUGGCGACGGCAGGGCCUUCAUCGCCACCCAGGGGCCCCUGGUGAACACGGUGAACGACUUCUGGAGGAUGAUCUGGCAGGAGGAGACGCCGGCCGUGGUGAUGAUCACCAAGCUGAGGGAGAGGAACGAGAAGUGUGUCCAGUACUGGCCUGAGAAGAGAGGGAUCUACGGGAAGGUGGAGGUUCUGGUGACGAAUACCAGGGAGAGAGAACACUACACAACCAGGAACCUCACACUCAAGGUGGGGAAUCAAACCCGCGCCCUGCAGCAUUACUGCUACACGUCGUGGCCCGACCACAAGACCCCCGACUCUGCUCUGCCCCUGCUGGAGCUGAUGGAGGAGGUGGAGGGGGCCCGGGGGGACGGGGGGCCGGUCAUCGUCCACUGCAGCGCCGGCAUCGGCAGGACGGGGUGCUUCAUCGCCACGACGAUGGGCUGCCGGCAGCUGCAGGAGGAGGGACUGGUGGACGUGCUGAACAUCACCUGCCAGCUCCGGACAGACAGGGGCGGGAUGAUCCAGACGGGGGAGCAGUACGAGUUCGUGCACCAGGCGCUGGGCCUGUACGAAGCCCGGCUGCCCGGGGGAACCGGACCCACCCUGGGCAGGUAGGACCGGAACCCUGGACCUCCUGGACC